CGCAGUUGCUUUAAUCAAAACGAAGAAAAAAGGUUAUUUUUGCUAUAAUAUAUUGCAUAUAUUAUGUCAAAAAGUUAAAAACAAAUGGCUUUAUAUUAAAUAAAACAACGCUUUGGCUGCACGCUGCCGCCUUAAGCGCAUUGCAAAAGUUUUAAACUCUGUGCAUGCGUGCGCGUGUAUGAGUGAGUGUGUGUGUGUGUGUGAAAAGCAAAAGAAAAGAUAUGCUGCAAGCAGAAAAGUAUCUCUUCUUCUAUUUAAAAAUGUGUGUCAGUGUAUGUGUAUUGUUGAGGGCAUAAUAAAUAAUAGACGCUGGGGUCUACGACGACGACGCUGUCUAUACAAUUGUGUUAUUGUUUUAUCAUUUUUCCACAUCUAACGCGAAUUUCUGUGUGUGUGCGGUUAAUGCUUUGUGUAUGUGCCAAAUAAGAAGAAACGCGCAGAUUACAGUUACAAAUAUUACAACAACGCCCAAAAUUCGAGGGGGUCAACAUCUCAGCAAAAACGCCGCCUGCUGCUGUCGCUUUCGUCAUACGGUUGUUUUUUUUUCCAAAGUCUCCUUUUCGGUUUCCCACGCAUGGAUCGCCGCUCGCAUAAUGUACGCACUUUGCCUGUUUGCUUUUGAUGCCUAAACAGCUUUGAGUGCUUCCCACAGAGCCCGCAACUGCAACCACUGCUCUCCACCAGCGUCAACAGCAUCGCCAUCAGUUAACAGCAUGUCCGAGAAGGUGAGCAGCGGUCUGGCCGCUCAGCUGCAUGCACAUGCGUUGGCCAACGAGCUGAGCGCUUGUCAGGUGACAACAGGUCACCAGGCGAAUAGCAGCAACAUUAGCGUCAAGGAUGCGCCGCUGCAAUUCGAAAUGGACGCACCGGCGGCUGCGAUCAGUGCGCAGUUGAACUUUAAGAUAUUGCCAGCUGAGAGCUUGGGUGGCUUGAGCUUGGGCAGCAGCUAUCAGGAAAUGUUUGCUUCCAUGAAUACAUCACAAAUCUCGAAUGCUUCUACCGAAUCCAGCUGCAGUCCCCCAGCGGCAGCAGCUGCGCCAGCUAAGCCAAGUAGACAUAUGGCCGUGCAGCCUUUAAAUAGCAAAUCCUGUCGCUUUCCCAAGCUGGAGGAAUGCGCGCACUUUCACUACGAGCGCGUGCAGCUGGGCGCGCUGUCUGUGCAGCUGCUGGAUGACAAAUCGGAGCAAAUGGGCAGCAGCAUUGCCUCGCAGUCCAUUGGCGGCGAGCUGGCGCAUAGUUCGAUGCGUUCCGGCGCAGCUUUCACGCCGGACAACUGCUGGUUCAUCAUACGCGUUUGUCCGCAACGCUGCGAACCGUUUCUGAUUAAGCGCAGCUUUGAGAACAUGCAAAUGCUGGACGAGAUGCUGCAUCGCUGUGUCUACGAUCGCAAGAUCAGCGGACUGCGCAACAUGUGUGAGCUCCAAGCCGAAGCGCAGCUGCAGAGCGAGCAAGAAGUGGAAUAUGCUGUGGCCAAGUAUCUGGAGCGCUUCAGCAAAAUUGCCUCCGAUUCGCUCACAUGCGGCACUAUACUCACCUGGCUGCAGCUGGACAACAAGGGCAGACGUCUGCCACUGGCGGAUGGGGAGACUCAACGUACGAUUAAUACGCCCGCAGUGGGUGCCGCCUAUGGAGUGCGUCGCUAUCAGGCGCAGGCGCCGGAUGAAAUCAACAUAGAAGUGGGCGAUAUGAUUUCGGUCAUAGACAUGCCCAGCCCGGCGGAAUCCAUUUGGUGGCGUGGCAAAAAGUCACAUCUGCAAAAAUCUCUAUACGAGGUGGGCUUCUUUCCACAAUCCUGUGUAGCCACCAUUGGCGAUAAGGUGCCGCGGAACUUUCCCAUGCCUGCACCGCUCGUGGGUCAUCUGGAUGCAUCACCCACGAAGCCUGUGCUGCGCAAGCAUGGCAAGCUUAUAGCCUUCUUUCGCUCCUUUAUACUGUCGCGUCCAUCGCGUCGUCGCCUCAAGCAGAGCGGCAUUUACCGCGAGCGUGUGUUCAGCUGUGAUCUGUCUGAGCAUUUGCUCAAUAGCGGCCAGGAUAUACCCAUGGUGUUGCGCUCUUGCGCCGAGUUCAUUGAAAACUAUGGCGUCAUCGAUGGCAUUUAUCGUCUAUCGGGCAUAACCUCAAACAUACAACGUUUGCGUCGCGCCUUUGACGAGGAGCGUGUGCCCGAUCUGGGCAAUCCUGAAAUGAAGCAGGACAUUCAUGCUGUCAGCUCCUUGCUUAAGAUGUACUUUCGCGAGCUGCCCAAUCCACUGUGCACCUAUCAGCUGUACGAUAACUUUGUCGAGGCGAUACAAGUGAAGGCCGACGAGGCCGAUGAACGUCUGCGUCUGAUGAAGGAAACGGUGCUCAAGUUGCCGCCGCCUCACUAUCGCACCUUGAAAUACUUGUCGGAGCACUUGCACAAGGUGUCGCAGCAUCACGAGCGCACUGGCAUGACGGACAAGAAUUUGGCUAUUGUGUGGGCGCCCAACUUGCUGCGCUCGCCAGCUCUAGAAUCUGGGGGCGUGGCUGCAUUGCGAGGCGUGGGCGUACAGGCUGUGGUAACCGAGUAUUUAAUACGCAAUUGUCACAAUAUAUUCGAUGCGCUGGAGGAUCACAAUGCGCAUCUGAGCAUAGUAGCGAACGCGGGCGCGACAACAGCAGCAGCGAGCACAAGCAACAGCACAGCGGGCGAGCUGCGUCUGGAGUCGCUGACAGACUGCGAGAGUUUGCUGGUGGAGCAGCGGGAGCAAGACCAAUCGCUGGUGCAGCCAGAGCGACCCAAAAGUCUAAGCACUGGCGGCGCCAAGCUGAUAAGCCUGGAGGAGGCGCAGGAGCGGCAUUCGCGCAUUGAAAGCAGCGCCGACUUGAAGCAGUCGCUGCCCAUAAAUAUGCUGCCCACCAGCAAUGCUGCUGCCAAUAUGGGCGGCGCCUACAUAGAGGUGGGCGGCGGUCCCUCCAGUCUGCCAGAUAAAUAUCACACAGUGCUGAGUGUGCCACGCAGCUGGCAAAAGCGCAAGCCAGACAAGACGCCCUCGUGGAAAUCCAUCUUUACACGCAGUCAGCGCCAGGGCAACGAGCCUGGGCACAAGCUCAUGCUGGAGAACAGCCAAAAGUCGGCCACACGCGUCAGCUUUGUGCCCGCCUCGCAUGCGCAUGCCAGCAAGGAGCUGAGCAAGCACGACAAGCCCAAGUCCAUUGAGCUGCUGGAGACAACGCGCGAUGCACGCGAUGCCGCCACUAAGCCCAUGGAGCUUUGCAUACGCUCCAAUUCGAUUGACAGUCUGCGCACUGUGGGACACUCGCGCAGCGUUUCGCAUGAUUCGUACUUUGACCUGCUGCAGUCGCCGCAGCGUGGCCACAUGACCACCUGUCCAUCGCGUGAGCUCUCCGAGCUUGGACUGAACUUUGAUCGCGAGGAGCCGGAAAUGCGCAUUUUUAGUGAAAGUGAAUCGCUGGUGAGCUCGCCACGCGUCGGCAAAGAGAAUGUGCCACCUGCCUCGGGCUGUGCCACACGCCGCAUUAUGCGCGCUCGUCCCGAGGACUUCUCCAGUCAAACGAACAGCGUGAAUCCCAGCCCCAAAAAGCAACCGCGUCUCAAUCUGCUCUCGCCCAGCUCAGCACGCGCGCCGCCUGUUAAUCCCGCACCCUGUGGCCACGAGCCCGCCGGCGCCGAGAACUGCUGCAAGCGCUACAAGCUCGAGGAUCAGCUUUCGGACAUACAGUUCAUAGACUGCGGCACGCCGGAGCAUCCGACGCCACAGCAGCAAUUCGCUACCGUCGAAGUGCAUGCGCCACCGCCGCCGAAGCCAGCGCGUGCGCCUCAAGCAGCGCUAGCCUCACCCAAGACAGCGGCAGCUCGCUACAGUUAUCCCUCGGUGCAGCUGGGCGCCAAGCGCAAGGAUCAGCUGGCAGCCAAGGAGCGUUUCAGCUAUCAGGGCACAUUCACUCAGUCCAAUAGCAAACCGGAGCCAGUCAGCAGAGCCGUGCACAAUGGCAACGGUUUGGGGCAGCGCGUUAAGCCACGCGUAGAGAUUUGCACCGAGGAUGUGACAACACUGAAGCUGCCGACGCCCACAACGCCAGCGCAUAGUCCACGCUACUCUUUGCUGCUUUGCGAUACGGAGGAGAGUUCGGAGAACAGUUCGGCUGUCAAUACGCCGCAGUACGAUAUGGAGCCGCUGAUGAUAAACUCGGCCAUGUCGGGCAUUUCGGGUGUGUCCAGCAACUUGCAGCAACAGCAGCAGCUGCUGCUAGGCGUAGAUGCCACCAGCAAUAGCUAUUUGGACAGCUCACUUGAGAGUCUAGCACAACAGUUCAACAAGCUGCAGGAUGUGGAGCCGCGCGAUAUGCAGGCGUUGAAGCGUGAGCUAUCGCUGGAUUUGCAGCCACCUCAGGUGCGUCUGCCACAGGCUGCCAAUCGAGCUGCCACAUUGCCCGUCAAGGAGCAACUGCAGAGCAGCGUGAACAUGUGCAGUUCGCCGAAUUCGAAUUUUACAGACAACACUAGUCAAUCGGUAACGCCCAGCGAGUAUGGCUAUCAGCAUUUGCAGCGGCAGCUGAGCAUGCACUCGCUGCUGGCCAACGAGGAGGAGAGCUCGCCGCUCUACGAGGACUUUGAGCAAACGCCCAGCAAUGUGAAGCAGCCCAAUGCUAUAGGCAGUCCCAUCAAGUCUACCAUAAGCAUAACCUACAAGUCGCCGGAGAAGGAGCGGCCAGCAGCCAGCAAGCUGCUGGAGACCAACUUUGAUGAGCACACAGUGUAUGAGCAGGUGAAGCUGUUUCGCAAUUCGGUUACCGAGGUGAAUCAGCUGCUCACAGAGCGUCAACUGAGUCACGGCUUGAGGCAGAUUGCCGAGGAGGAGCAGGAUGGUGGCGUCUGCAAGGCAGCUGAGAUGUCGCAGCAGCUUCUAGAGCUGGAGCAAGAGCAGCUGGAGCUGGAGCAGCAGCAGCAGGAGCAGCUUAUGUAUGAGAACAUUGAACUGCGCAAACCGAAAACAGUUUAUGAAAAUCUACGUGGCGAGGAAAUGAAACUCAGUGCGCCACAUUUAGAGCUGGAAAACUUGGAAACAUCGGAGCAGGAACGCAUAGAGCUCGACAGUCUCGAAAGCCUCAGUGAACAGCCCAACAUGGAAGCGCCCAGCAGCAAAUCACCCUCAUUUAGUGUCAAGGAGUUGGCCAACAAAUUUGAAAGCUCGCCCGUUGAGCAGUUGCCUAACUUUGAUUUCUCGCAACGCGCUGGCUCCAUGAAGAAACCCAAUGAGCUGAGUCUGCCGCCAGCAGCGGCAGGAACGGCGCUCAAGCCAGCGCCAUUGAAGAAACUCAAUAAGACAGCGCAAAAGAUUACACGCUCGCUGGAUGAGAAUGCGUUUGUGCGUGAAUUUGGCGGCAAGCAGCUGCAGGAUCUGAGCGCCUGCAAGCUGCCCGAGCCCACAGAGCUGAACAAUCGACGCAAGAGCUUUGAUUUUACGCGUCCCAAGACGCUAAAUCCGCCCAAGCGUCUGCCUGGCAUGAGCAUAACCGAGGAAAUCUGCCAGCAAAGAGAGCCCGAACCAUUGAUCAUAACACCCACGACAGAGAAUCGCAUCUCGCUGAUACAGCAAAACAAUGUGCCGGCAUUGAAUCUGCUGCCAGUUGCUGGUGCACGCAAGAGCGUGUUGACUGGCAUUAAUUUGGAUCGCGAGCGCAUUGAUAAAAUCAAAGAGGAGCGACGUCAGCAGUUGACGCAGAAAUAUUAUGGCGAUACGCUCAAGUCGCGCUCCAAAGUCGAACUCAAUACGGAGGACAGCAAUUUUGCUGCAACUGAAUCGCUGCGCUUCAAAUCGAAAUCACGCGGUGAUAUGCAUACGCUCCAAAAGGAUAUGGAUGCGAAUUUGAAGCAGCUGGCGCGAGCUGCUGCUGGCUCUGAGAGCACAUUGCAUCAGCCGCCGCGUGUGCGCAGCAGCUCCGAUGAGAAGAAUCAAAAUUGUGAUACAAAUAGUGGCGGCAAUCUAAGCGUCAAGUCGGCGGCACAAAAGUUUGCAGCCAACAAUGCGACAAUCAAUUCAACAGCAACAACAACAACAACAACAGCAGCGCCUAGACGCGAGCGUCUCUCUAGAAAUUCUAUGCCGCAGCAUGCUGAAAGCAAUGCCAGCGUCAACAAUCGAGAAAAGAUCUCACCACAAUUCUCCAUACGCGAUGUAACUGCAAUGUUUGAAUCUCGUUCACAAAAUCAAUAGGCUUAGGACAACGAAAAUAAAAUAUACAGCCGCGCUUACACUAAUUUAUUUAGUAUUUAUCAAAAGUUAUAAUAUAAUUCAAUUCUAAGUGCAUUUUUUCGGACAACUGGCUGCAAGCGGCUCCAAAGACAUGCCACACACCCAUAUAGAAACCAUGACGUUUAAUAUAAAUUCAAUUCAUAUUAAGGAAAAGCAUAUAAAUGAAAAGACGCGCACCAAUUUGCAACAUUUUGUUAUUGCAUUUGGUCGUUUAUUUAGGCGUUAAGUUUAAUCAACAAAAAAGAAACAGAAAAUUAUGAAAUUAUUUCGCAUUAGCU